AUGCCAAAUUUUUCUUUUUCAACGGCUAGUAAUUUCCUUCGGUUUACUCCUGAGACCUUGGAUCAAAUUAAAAAGAGAAUUGCUGAGAAGAAAGCAAAGCAUGCCAAGGCCACAGAGGAGGGCAAUAGUCAAGAGCAAGAAGAAAAUAUUCAACCACAGCUUGAUCUGAAAGUUUUUAAAAAGCUACCUAUUCUAUAUGGAAAACCCCCUCCUUGGCUCAUUGGAGAACCACUGGAAGAUGUUGACCCCUAUUACAAGGAUCGUGAGGUGAUACAGUUUCUUUAAAGUAAAUUGUAAGAAUUUUUGUUACAUAAAAUGUUUUUGUAAACCAAAAACAAAAAUGCUACAGUUUCUUCUUGUGUAGCAAUCAAUGUAGAAAUUGCAAAUGAAUUUCAGAACAGGUCUGAAAACAUUAAUUAAUUUAAUAAAUAUGAUCAAAUCUUUAAGCAUAGUAUCUGGGAUUUAAUUAAAAAGUCUGUUCUUUGUUAACAUUGCUAUAAAUGUUCACGUACAUCUUGGACAGAAUACCCAUUUAAAUGGUACCAUGUGCACAUUAAAGCAGAUCUGUGGACAGGAGCCUAAAUGUUCAGUGUUAAUUUUUCAGAUAACAAGCUGUAGCAAUGUGUACAGUUAUGAACAUUUAACUUUUAAUUUUCAUGGCACUUACAUGCACUUCAUUAUGUUCAACAUUAUAACCACUAGACCCAGGCAAAAUAUAUUUUUCAGUGAACAUGCUAUGAAUAAGCAUACACAGUCAGAAUGAUUUGUUGUGCAUUCGAGAUAAACCUCAUACGAAAUAAUCUCUGCUGAAGUACUACAUUUGUAUUAAUUCAUUAAAUUAAGAUUUUAAUGGAGGCCAUAAAAUCAGUGUCUUUGUCACUGUGAUAAUGCAACAUAUUCGUCUUAUGCUGGAUGAGAUUGUGUGCAUUCUCUCAUCUGGUACAACAUGAGGAUGCAGUAUCACCUUACUUCAUUUGUAGCCGUGCCUGCUGUUUUUGUUUGCUAUCAGCAAUCAGAAGUAUAUUCAACCCACUGGCCUCUUAAUAAAAAUAGAGGUAGAAUCAUUCCAUAACUUAAGCAAAUUAAUAAAACAGCAGAGCAACAUCAACUUCCAAACUCCCAUUAUUUAUUUUGCAAAUGAAUUCCAUGGCACGACUCUGAUCUGAAUCAGGGGCUGAUGAUUUAUUUCAUUGCAAAAAGCAGUAAACCGAGAUAAAAGCACUGAUCUGUGCCAUCCUUGUGUGUUUGGCCUUCAGUGAACGGCUACCACUACCCAGUCUUUUAUGCAGCUCCUUGUCAUAACGAUGGAUCUCCUGAGUGAUGUAUAAAUAGAAUGAGUUGUACUUCUGUGUUUGUCUACUUUCAUCUGCAGUCCAUAUUGUUCUCCCCAGUCAAACUUUAUGAAGUUGCAGUGUGUUUAUAUUUGUAGACAGUAGGUCUAUCAUGAGAAUGUUAUAUUUAAAAAGCAUUUCCAUCUAUUUUACAGACUUUUAUGGUGCUAUCAGCCAGGAACAGAAUCUUUCGGUUUUCUGCCACCAAAGCCUUGUUUUUUUUCAGUCCUUUUCAUCCACUGAGAAGACUAGCUGUGAAAAUUUUGAUACACACAUAUCCUUCCAAUGGGUUUCCUUCAUUCUUAAUCUGUUAUACAGAAUCACAGAGAACUGUUAGUUAUAUAUGUAUAUAUGAGCUUUAAUAUAUAUUUCUUAGGAUUCCGGAGAGUGACUAAUCAUUUAUUCUAUUUUUAAUAUUUUGUUGGAAGCCACCCAGAGUGGCUGGAGAGACAUGGGUGGGGUAAAAAUAUUUAUUUAUUUAUUAAUUUAUUAUUAUUAUUAUUAUUAUUAUUAUUAUUAUUAUCCUGUGUUCUGCAACUUUGCUAUGGUCCACUAUUGCAGUUCAAAACAAAAUUUCAACUGUGUUACUAAGAAGAAAGAGUACAAUUUAUUAUUUAGACCUACAGAAGAUCUUGCUAAGCCAGAUCCCCUUGUAAUUUUCAGUGACAGUUAUAAUCAGCUGGUGCUCAGCAGGUUGAAGAUCUCAGUGUCCUUUCUGUGCUUGAACACAUGGCUUACAAUUAUCUGUUUUGUUUAGAUACCUAUUUGGACUGCCUGUAUUAAUUUAUAUGUUUAAAUCAGGAUUGAUGGAAUAUUAUUAUUCUUAAUGUCACCUGACAAUGUUUAUUAUUAUUAUUAUUUGCUUUUAUCUUUUUUCUAUUAUACUCACAAAUUAAAAACUGAAAUAAAAAAAGAAAAUGAGAUGGUGCAAAUGCACCUUUAGGAAAACUGACCAUCAGCCAUUCUCCUGUGGUGAGUCCAUACAAUAUGAGAGCCACUUGUUUUGCUGGCCCUGUAUAUUAAGAUCCCUUGUCUUGCAGUCAUGUUUCAUAAAGGUAAAUGUAGAGGGACCCCUGACCAUUAGGUCCAGUCGUGGCCGACUCUGGGGUUGCGGCGCUCAUCUCGCUUUAUUGGCCGAGGGAGCUGGCGUACAGCUUCUGGGUCAUGUGGCCAGCAUGACUAAGUCGCUCCUGGCGAACCAGAGCAGCACACAGAAACGCCGUUUACCUUCCCGCUGGAGCGCUACCUAUUUAUCUACUUGCACUUUGGUGUGCUUUCGAACUGCUAGGUUGGCAGGAGCAGGGACCGAGCAACGGGAGCUCACCCUGUUGCGGGGAUUCAAACCACCGACCUUCUGAUCGGCAAGCCUUAGGCUCUGUGGCUUAACCCACAGCGCCACCCACUUCCCCAUAAAGGUAGAGGGACCCCUGAAUGAUCAGAGCUAGUGUAACAUGAUCCCUUCACCUCAAAACAUACAACCCCAAAUUAUAAACAGUACAUGCCCCAAGUGUGCAACUGUAGGCUAGAAAUUGGGUUGCUUAUGCAACUUUGUUCCAUAUUCCCUUCACUUCACCCAGAAGUUCAUACCCAUCUUUAAUACCUUGGUUUAUUCUAUACUGGACACACUAGCCCUGUUUUGAAGGUAUGAAAUGUGCAGGUAAGGAGGGGAGCUUUCCUACACUCAACAUCCAUACAGGCAGCAGAAGGUCUGAAUGUUGUGGGGUUGGGCAUAUGGUGAGCUGGCCUGAUUUGGACUAUGACUAAAAGUGGCAACCAUUGCCCCACUGGCGUACAAAGGGGGGGCACCAUUUGGGGAAAGGGUGCCAUCGUGGCCGCCACCCCAGGAUGCGUGCCGCACGCCGCACAACCACGGACAUGCGUCACAUCUCCGCGGGUGACACGCCCCGCCCCCUAAAUCUUCUUUUGUACUUUCAAGAGCUCUUGUUUGGGUUAGACAUGGUUCUUGUUUGUUGUUGUUGUUGUUUAGUCGUUUAGGCGUGUCCGACUCUUCGUGACCCAUGGACCAGAGCACGCCAGGCACUUCUGUCUUCCACUCCCUCCCGCAGUUUGGUCAGACUCAUGUUUGUAGCUUCAAGAAGACUGUCCAACCAUCUCGUCCUCUGUCGUCCCCUUCUCCUUGUGCCCUCCAUCUUUCCCAACAUCAGGGUCUUUUCCAGGGAGUCUUCUCUUCUCAUGAGGCGGCCAAAGUACUGGAGCCUCAGCUUCAGGAUCUGUCCUUCCAGUGAGCACUCAGGGCUGAUUUCCUUAAGAAUGGAUAGGUUUGUUCUUCUUGCAGUCCAUGGGACUCUCAAGAGUCUCCUCCAGCACCAUAAUUCAAAAGCAUCAAUUCUUCGGUUACCCAGAGAAUAAAGGCAAGACUGUCUACUGUUAAAAGGCUGAAAGGAGAUUUCUUCCGAUCAACCUCAAGUACUUGAAAAUGUGCACGGGAACUACCUUGUAUCAUUCCUGAUGCUGACUAUAGCCUAAGGUUCAUAACAGUUACUAUGCUGAAUAAACAAGAAACAAGCAAAGUUAAACUAAAGAAAAUGCAUUAUUUUUAGAUUUUUCCUUUUAAUUUAAGAGCAUGAUAGUAAGUAGCAUUAAUCACAUUUAUUUUGGUUACUCAUAUUUUACCAUAAACUGUUGAAUAUUUAUUUGUUUGCUUGUUUAAUUUAUAUACCACCUUAUACCUGGAGUUAUACCCCUUAUUUUUCAGUGAAACACUAUUUCCUUAACACAUCAUGUACAUUAUUCAUAGCAUUCAUAACAUGUGUGGUUCUCGUUAACUGUAUUUUUAUGACUUUAAACAAGCCUCCAGAAAAUUACGAAAUCGCUGAGUAAGUAUCAAUCCACACUUCAUGUACAAUCUAUGGACUGAAUGAGAAUCAAUCCAUUGGAAGGCAGGAAUAAACACAGAAGGGAUGCCUGCUUGUAAUUGGGAAAUACUAGAGGUGCACCUGAUAUUCAAAUAGGUGCACUGAGGUCUACUCAGGUCUGACUUGAGUGGGGGUGAGGAAGUGAAUUAGCAGCAAAAUAAUGCUCAUUUGUGCACAAGCCCUAAGUCUCCUAUUAUACUGUCUUGCUUGGAACUGCAAAAGUAAGGGGAGGGUGAGUCAAACAGCAGCUCAUAUGUGACUGGUGGGAUGUAUUUUGCUUUCUGGAUCAUACAAUGUGCAAGCCUUAUCUAGCAGUUGGCUCAGAGAUGGAAAUAAAUAAAUAUUAUACAGUAAUCGUAUAAUGAAAUCUAACCACACCUUUGCCUACAAUGCCAUCAUAGCACUUCCAUUUUUCCUUGGGCUUCAUGUGGGAAGUAGCACAUGAGUAGCCUUGAUUCCCUCCACACUGGUAAUGAUUUUGUUUCUCUGGCUUUGAUUUUCAGGUAUAUUUUCACAGUUAUUUAUACAGUUGAAUUUGCAGUAAAAAUAGUUGCAAGGGGAUUUGUUUUGAAUGAAUUCACCUAUCUUCGAGAUCCCUGGAACGUUUUGGAUUUAUUUGUUUUAAUUAUGACGUAAGUUUUGGUGUUUCUUCUUUGCAGUUUAUAAUUUUUCAUACAGGAGAAAAACUAGAGCUAGAAUUCUGCUAGCUUGGCAUGUGAAGAUGCUGCUGACCUUGGGAGCAUUUAAACAUAUAAGGUGGGAAUCGCCUAACAAGUUCUGUCAUUGUAAGCCCUGUGUGAAAACUUCUGCUUGCGUAACAGGGCUUUCCCUUCCUUUCCUUCCCAUCACAACUCUGACACACCCCAAAAUUGGCUCAGGCAAUGUGGGGAGAACCCCCAGAACAGUGGGGGAGGGGAAGGAGAGGAGGAUAGUUACGUCUGGCAACCUGCACUACUUGCAUUGACAGGAUAUUCACCGUAGGAUGAUGCUGAAUUUCACCCAUUGUGGAUGUAGUUCGACUUGUUAAUCUACUAAUUCUAGCUACUAUUAGACUUCAUGUUGUGCCCUUUGGAUGAGGAGUGUUUUGGACUUGUGUCAAAUUUUAACUAUACGUUGUAGAAAUAUCCGCACAAUUUUGAACAGCCAGUGUGGUGUGGUUAAGAGCGGUAGUCUCGUAAUCUGGGGAACCGGGUUCGCGUCUCCGCUCCUCCACACGCAGCUUCUGGGUGACCUUGGGCUAGUCACACUUCUCUGAAAUCUCUCAGCCCCACUCACCUCACAGAGUGUUUGUUGUGGGGGAGGAAGGGAAAGGAGAAUGUAAGCCGCUUUGAGACUCCUUAAAGGGAGUGAAAGGCAGGAUAACAAAUCCAAACUCUUCUUCUUCUUAUGAAACGGCCAGUCACUUAAACUAUGUGUGGAGGUUUGCUUCAGUAUAAACUGAAUGCUAGUAUAGCGUGUGGUGGAAUGGAAUGGUCUGUGGCCCUGCCCUCCCUGAGUUUACAUACACACAAAAUGGGACCUUGUGCAUGCAAAGUAUCUGCUUCACCACUGAGUGAGUAUGGCCCUUUCCCAAAAACAAUAAACACACAUGAAGCUUCUUUAUCCCAAAUCAGAUGAUAGGUCUUUCUAACCCACUGCUGCAUGCUCCUGGCAAGCAGUAGCUCUGCUUGAGUUUCCUGCUCCUUGAGAUCCCCCCCCCCCGGAAGUGUGGGAGAUUGAACCCAGAGCCUUUGGAAUAUUUUUUUAAAAAAAUAACAUUUAUUGCUUUUAAACCUUACAAAAGGAAGGGGAAAAAAAGAAAAAAGAAAAGAAGAAGAAAUGCAAAGGAGAAAACAAUACGAUACAAUAUAUAAACAAUACAGAACACAACAUUAACAUUAACACGUUAAACAAAACAAAAGCAAAUACAAUUGAAAAAAGAAACUCUUUCUCUAUUUUCUGUCAUGUAAUUAUCUUAACAUAUUUUAACCUUAUUUUCCAUUAAUACUAUAAUACUUAUUUAUGCUUGAUUCCUUAAAACAUUUCUACUAAAGCCGUAUAAUUCCCUUCCAACAUUUUUCUAACACUCAUUAAUUUUACAUUAUUUCCAUAUAUAGAUUUUAACCUUUUUCCAAUAUUCUUCCACCGUCUCUUCUCCCUGGUCUCGGGUUCAGCCAGUCAUUUCCGUCAAUUCCAUAUAGCCCAUCAUAUACAGAGCCUUUGGAAUAUUAAUGCUGUGUCCUACCCCUCAGUUGUAGCCCACAUGCCACACUAAUAGCCCAUUGUAUGGGGGAAGCAGGGAUUGGCGGGGGCAGGUAAGAAUAUGUGUGCAGAAUACAAACUAUAGCUACCAGUAGCAUUGUCUUAUAAAAUGAUGAGUCUGUCGAUAUCUUUUUUCAUAUUUUGAAAUUUUCAGGUACGCAGCUUUGGCUUUGCCUUUUAGUAGCAUUUCAGCUAUCCGAAUUUUCAGGGUUCUGAGAACUUUAAAAGCUGUUUCUGUAAUCCCAGGUGAGAGGCUCUUUUUCUUGCUUUGUCUGUUUGUUCAGUUACUAAAUUUGUCUUCCACCUUUCACUCAAGGAAUUCAAGCUAACCCAAAUAAGAAACAGUUAAAAACAAUCUAUUAUGAAAAUUCAAUGAAACAGUAAGUCACAAAAGAGAAAAGUUCUGACAACACCACAAUUUAUAGAUUAAGGUUACCAGAUUUUUUUUUCAAUGAAUCCAGGGACACUUUUCAACUUCAGUAGGAAUGAUAGGAUUUUGUCAGGGGACUGAUUUGUAAAUCCAGGGACUGUACCCGAGAAACAGGGAUGUUUGGUAACCUUAUUAUAGAUCAAAGCUGAACUUUAAAUGGUACCAGAAGACUAUAGCCUAUAGGGAGCUUGUUCAAAUUCUGGUGCACUUCCAAAAACAAAUCAGGAGACAGACACUAUCAGAAGGUGAGACACUGUUAUGCACUCCCAUCUCCCCACCCCUAAAGCACAUUGCAAUAGUUGGACUUCAGGACUAUGCUUUCCAUAGCGUAGACCCAUUAGAUGUCAAAGCGAUAAACAACUACCUGACAUUCAGAAGACAUCUUAAGGCAGCCCUGUUCAGGGAAGUUUUUAAUGUGUGAUUUUACUGUAUUUUUGGUUUCUGUGGAAGCCGCCCAGAGUGGCUGGGGAAACCCAGCCAGAUGGGCGGGGUACAAAUAAUAAAUUAUUAUUAUUAUUAUUAUUAUUAUUAUUAUUAAGAUAAUAGCUGAGAAACAUAAUUCAAAAGGGCUGUAGUUUUUGUCCUCUGUUAUCAGUCUGUAUAAUAUUUACUCUUUGUUCAUAGGACUGAAAGUCAUUAUAGCUUCACUUCUUCAGUCUGUCAAGAAGCUUGCCAAUGUGAUGCUGUUGACAGUUUUCUGCUUGGCUGUCUUUGCCCUGGUUGGCCUCCAACUCUUCAUGGGCAACUUAAAAUAUAAAUGUGUCCAUGCUUCUUACUUGAAUAAGAGCAUCAGCAAGGAGGAGUCAUGCACAUUACAGGAUUCAGGUAAAAACACCCUCCUUUAAAUCUGUAGCAUAUUGCUUACAUAACCCUGGUACUUUUUGUACUGCCAAAACAGUGUUUUACUUUUGGAUCAUUCCUAAACUGGCAUUUAUAAAUUAAUACAAGAGCAUCCCACGCACCAUAUUAUUAUGUGGUUUUGAAGUUUCAUUGAACCAUGUUGAGUCAGAUUUAGACUUUAUAUUUUGCUAGCAUCUUUAUUUGUGUAAGAAGUAAUAGUAACAAUAAUAAUGCUGUCAUAUGACUUGAGCUGAAUUAUGUACGGCACACAGACCAACAGCACAAUUCAGCCCAACGCAGACCUGGAUUUUUAUUUUUUUUAGAGGGUCUGGAGAGAGAGUUCCAAAGUUGUGGAACCACCACCUGGAAAGCCCUAUUCCUAAUCCCUCCCCAUAUAAUCUGGGGCUUGCCAUUCACUGGUUCCUCAACCAAUCCUCCAUCUGCAUCUUUCUAACUCAGCCAGCCCAUGACAUAGCAACUUCCAGCUUGAUUUCUCUUCUCUUUCUUCCAUGUGGGAUAUAAAGGGGAAGGAGAUUGGAAUUCACUUAUUGGACUUAGUCUAUCCAGCCUUGGCAUGAGUAACCUAGCCUUAUUGAUGAAUUCCUCUGAGGAGUCAAGGACCCCAGUGCAUCCCAUGGUAGUGAUUCUGCCUCUUUUGGAGCAAUCGCCUUCUGGCAGGAGGAAAGAGAGUUUAAGGAGACAUCCUGAGGGGCAGUCAGAAUGCUACUGAGAUGGAUGACAUUCUGGUGAGGUGGGGCCUUCUUCUGACUCCCUCCCCAACUGGUGACUGAAAGCAGAUCUCUUCCCUCCACUCCACAGAGAGUGAAUUUUCUUCUGCUAUCUUUGGGACUGGUACUCUUUUGGGAGAGCCACCUGGGCUUCAGUGUUGACUUAUGUGAAACAAUGCAAGCGUAGAGUGUAUGCAUCAGCCAACAUGUCCUUCAGCAAGCAGGCACUGCAGGAGGUGGUUCAACAACAGGGUGGGGGAAGGCCACAGGAGAGCCUACUCAGCUGGGCACCCCUAAGCAUAUGCCAUCCAUGAAUCUCCUCCUCCACUCCAAAAGAAUAGAAUGUUGGGCUUGCAUUCAUUUUCUGCAGGACAUGGAGGAAAUCCAAUGCUCUCAGUGCUUAGGGUGACUGCAGUAGGUGGAUGAAUUGGGUUAAAAUGUAAGUACAGCAGUAUGUAGUAAAAUGAGGCAAGGAGGGUGUGUCCAGGGGUAUGUUCCCUGUUGGUUUUUCUGUUCCUGUUCUAUUCUGUUUGCCAGUUGCAUUGCCAUGAUUGCAUACUGUUGUGGAAACUGGGGUGGUUUACUCUUAGGGUGUCAUCAAUCUGCAUAUCUUGCCUAGUGAAGUGAGUGGGAGACACAACCCAUAUGUGGGUCCCCUCCAUCCACUCACAAAAAGUCCAGCAUUCUAUUCUCUCAAUCAGAUCAGGGGAUACUGCUGCAGGGUCUGAUGGACCAAUUUCAUAUGGCUUGGUGGGUCAGACACAGGUUAGCCACCUGACUGGGAGUUUGUUAUUCAGCUGAUAACUACAUCCAUUGUAUUAUGAGGUAGGAAGAGGCUUUAAAUGACUAUUACUUUUGCUUCCAAAAUGUUUGCUUCCAGAAGUAUAUCAGAAAAAGAAUUCUUCUACUGAUGUAUUGCUGUGUGGAUACACCUCACAUCCCAAGUAAGUGUAACUGAGGACCAAACUAGACAAGAUGUUAAUUGUUAAAGUUAUAAACGGCUUUAGCCCUAUAUACUUAAAGAAGCGUCUUCACCCCGUCAUUCAGCCUGGACACUGAGAUAUAGCUCCGAAGACCUUCUAGCAGUUCCCUCACUGCAAGAAGUGAGGUUACAGGGAACCAGGCCUUCUUGGUGAUGGCAACCACCCUGUGGAACACCCUCCCAUCAGAUGUCAAGGAGAUAAGUAACUAUACAACCUUUAGAAGGCAUCUGAAGGCAGCCCUGUACAAAGACGUAUUUUAUGUUUGAAGUUUUACUAUGUUUCUGUAUAUGCUAGAAGCCACCCAGAAUGGCUGGGGCAACCCAGUCAGAUGCACAGGGUGGUACUACUACUACUAAUGUUAAUACAAUUAACAAUAAAAACAAUUAACAUGCUUAGUUUUAAAAUUUAAUCAGCAGCCAUGCAUGACUGGGAAUUAAUAAUUUCCUUCUAUGCUGCAGACCCGAUAAAAAUCACCCUGACUCUGUUGGUGGAGGAGUUUAUCUAUAGUGGGUUUUCCCCUCAUUCUGAAAGGCAGAAUUUAUGCAGACGGAGACCCCCUAACAGUUCUAGUCCCUGCCUUCAUUGGCCUAAUAAGAGUAAAAACAAAACUCUACUCCUUACCCCAAUUCUUAGCUAGGGAGGAAAGUGUAUCAAUCAUCUCUUUCCCUUCCCUUCAGAUUCUGAAAUACCUUCAGGUCAAAAGACAUGACUAAAUAAGAUCAAGCACAAUAAAAGGUCCUUCUGCCUUGAGUGUGCCUUCCCCAGAGGAUUCCCUGGCAGGAAGGGGUCAAGUAAACUGAUCCACCUCCAACAAACUCCACUUAAUCAAUGUACCUUAUUGACCAGUCUCCCCCUUCAAUAGUAGAUGGAUCUGACUUCUGAAAAUGUAUCAGAAGCAAAGGAAGAGUGGUGCUAGACCAGGCCAAAGGUCUAUCUAGAAACAGUGUCCAGCAUGUCUUUCACAACAGCCAACCCAAUGUCUUUGGGAAUCAUCCUCUCCUGCUGUUGUUUAGAGGCAUGCUGCCUCUAAUACCUGAGGUAGGAGAGCCAUCAUGACUAGUCGUUCGGUCAGAUCUUCCACUGGGGAGAAAAAAGAAGAGGAGGAAGUAUGUAGGAUAAACUUUCCUUGUCACUCUAGUCAUAUCUAGAAGAGAGUCUCCAAGAAUCUAGAACAGGCUUCCUUAACCUCAGCUCUCCAGAUGAUUUGAGACUACAAUUCCCAUCAUCCUUGACCACUGGUCCUGCUGGCUAGGGAUCAUGGGAGUUGUAGACCAAAAACAUCUGGAGGGCCGAGGUUGAGGAAGCCUGAUCUAGAAGAACAUUUACAUGUCACAUCUAUGAAGUCAUCUGGACAUUCUUCCUAAUAUGGUAAAAGUGGGAGAAAGUCUUACACGCCAAAGCAGGUUUCAAGGAACAUGUUAUCUUUGUACAAGCAAGCAUUCACCAGAGACUAUCCCCAACCACUCACAGAAAAGCCUCUGACCUUUUCUUGGUCCUCUCAAAAUAAGGUGACAGACCACUCAGUUAUUACCUACCUUCAUCUUUUCCUCAGAGCUGCAACACAACUUAACUCACAAACAGUGCAAAGGUUCCCCUCAUGGGAUCUCCACAAGGUAUUCUGGGCUUUAAGUAAAACAACAACACCUCAUUGAGCCACUGAAAUAAGUCUCUCAAGGUCACUCCUUAUCACAAUUACAUCUGCCAGAUGAUUCUUAGAACUAGGGGUACUGUCUAAUAAGAAGCAAAUCCUUCACUCAGACCCUUCUGCCUCCACCCUUUAUAGUUACUGCUCCCACACGGACUUUGAGAUAGGAUGGUCUAGUCUCUGUCCUAUGCCAUUAUGCCUUUAAUAGCUUUCUCUGAACAUAUAAAACUUUUCUGUAGCAGGGGAAUAAAAUUAUAACUUAUCACAGGGGCCAGUAAAAAUGUUGAUAACGUUGAUUUGAUUUUAAUAAACUCUGUUCAGUAUUGACGUUGAGACUGUAACAAAACCUAGAAGAUUAAGUAUGUUUGAGAAAGAUGUGAAUGUCCAGGUUCCACUUGUGAGGUAAGCAGUCAGUAACAUAAUGUAUUCUCUUUUAUAAGUGAAACUGAAUGUAAAAACGGAACCUAUUAUUGCGUGAAAUAUGGAGAAAAUCCUGAUGAUGGAUACACCAGUUUCGAUCAUUUUGGAUGGGCCUUUCUAUCAUUGUUCCGACUGAUGACACAGGAUAGUUGGGAAAUCCUCUAUCGGCAGGUAAAACUUUUUUUUAAAAAAAUGUACUGUUGGUAUCUACUCGAAGGGUAAAUUUCCUUUAACAUAGCAGGGACAUUUGGGUUAUGGCUCCACCUUCUGGUCAAGUCAGAAAUGAACACUUCGGAAGUAUACUGGAAGUACCAUGAUGCUUCCAUGGACUUCCAUACAGGAAACAUACCCUUUAACAUUUCUCAGAUGAAAAUAGGAACAUUUUUCACUCCCUCCCACAACUGAGCCUCUUCAAACCCCCGCCCCCAUGUUUUUGUGUCCCCCCCCCGCCCCACGGAGCAUUCCCUAUUUGAAGAAGGGUGAGUGUCGUCACCACUGCACCAACAGAACACACACCACCAUCCUGAGAAAACACCUUAAUCCAAAUUUUAUUUUAUUUUAUUCUUUGGUGGAGUUACAAAAAACAACCCACACACCAAUAAAUACAUUUUAGAAAAGGGCAAGAUUAGGCACAGAUGUGCAAAGCUUUUUAAUCAUCAUCAUCAAUACCCCUUGUGCCCCACUCCUGCCCAGGACAGCAAUGCCUAUACCUCAGAGCUGGCAAAUCACGCAGGGCUGAGCCUCGGUAGUGGCAGCCUUUUCUCCUCUUCUCCCGUUCUCCAGCAGCUGCUAUGAACUGCUCAAAGGAGGAGGUUGUCAGUGGCAGCCAUGGAGAGCCAGGGAGAGGCAACAGGAUGCUCCUUCGUAGCUGCCACUGCUGCUGCCACCACUGCUCAGGACAAACACUAGCUUAUUCUCCUCUCCGAGCUCAGCACUCUGAGGAAACAGGGACCUUCCAGGAAAAUCGGGACACUUGGAGGGUAUGAAACAUAAGCCCAGGAAUUUAAGGAGAAACUUAGAAGCAAGCAACAGAGAUCAGCAACAGAAAAACCCCAUCAGGAACAGAAAGCUUACUUCCAAUACUAACACUGAACAGUUUAAUAGGGGGAAAGACCUAUAGUAUUCUUCUUUUUUUAAGUGCAGACAAUUUACACUGAAGGUACACUGAAGGAAAUCUACGCUUCAUGUUGGUACCAACUGUACUAUUUCACUUUGGCUAGCAGGGAUGGUAUGUUGGGACAUAGCAAAGCUAAUCCCGAUAGGGUGGGUCCAUUGACUGCACCUCUGCGUAAUUUAUCAUGGAGAGACCUGCUGCAGGACCCUCCUUCCCAAUGCAGCCCCUGCCUAUGCAUAAUUAUCAAUUGUGUAGUGAUAAAUGAAAGUGUUUGGAGAAGCCCAUGCAGCUUCUGUACAAGCCUUAUGAAGAGCACCAUUAGUAGUGAAAGCCACAGAAGCAACUGCAGCCCUAGUGGAAUGAGCGAUCAAUCAAAGAGUAAAUGUAAAGCUGUCAGAAUCUUAUGACAGUCCCGUGAAGGGAACCUGUGUGCCAUGGGAAGACACUUCAGCAUAGCACCUCUAAGAAAACAUAUAACUAGAAGUAUAGAAGGAAGGAGAAUUAGGUUUAGAAAGAAUAGAGGAAAUCGGGUCCACCCUUAAAGAGGGCACGUAUUGCUGUGAGACCUGGACAACCAACACCCUGUGUUGUGGGUGGGUACAAUUGGUAAGCCACAACACCUGAUUGGUAGGUCCCUCGAAGCUGGGUACAAUCUGGCCAAUGGGACGCAGUCCAAACGGUUCGAGGAACCUAUAUAUACCUAUGCACAUGACCCAGAGCUUCCUCUUUCGGUACAUGCAUUCGGAACACCUGCCCACCUCUCCCUACUUUUAGGGCUUUGCGCUUGACCUUGCUAUGCUGUUGUGUGUCGUCCGUCCUUGGGAUAGGGGCACGGCAGGAAUUUUCCCCACUUGGCUGAUUGGCUGUUGCCAUUUGGGUUUCGCCUGCCGCGUAGCAAAUCGUCACAACUUGUAAGGUUGCAGAUAGGCUCUGGUUCAGGUGAUAGGGAUGGGAGAAAGCCCUUGCCAUCCCUAUGUGAAGGGUAUUCCAUUAAAGUAAUCCAGAGACUCGAAGGUUUGGUCAACCCCUGUGAGGGGGUUGUGCCCGUGCCUGAGUCCAGGGGGACAUUUGGGUGGCGGAGUUAGCCCGUUCCGGGCUUUCCGCUUAUCCAGGUGUUCACCCUUGUCUAACCUAUGCUGGAACCCUGGGUCAGCGCUACCUGCCUAGGCAGGGAGCUAGUCAAAACAGAGCCUAUGCAACCAGUCACUUUUCUGUAAUCAAUAAAGUUGUGGCUUAAAUUCUGCCAAAAACCAAAAGAAAAAUUUGAGUCAGGUGUUAAUUUAUUUAGGGGGGAGGUUUCUGGGUCUGAACAUGCAAAUGGCUACAGCCUGCCUCUUCAAGGUAUUUGUGUGAAGGUCCUUCCAAAGGCCAUUUUGCAGGAAUGAUAGUAGGUCAGCCACAGAUGUCCUCUUAACAGACACCUUGUUUUUGAUACACCAAGCACGAACAACCUUCCACCUUGCUUGUUGGAUGCAAAUGCUCAAUGGACAUCAGUUGAAAUGACCUCCUAUGAGGUCAUUGUGCCUUUCCUUCUCCCAUAUCAUCCAUCCCGAGUUUUGUGAUUGAUGUUAGGAGGAAUCCUUCUCAUCAAUUUGGUGGGCUUGGCCUGCUAUAGGAUGAUGCGUGAGGGGGAUUUUUCUGUUGUUAUGUGCAUGUGUGCACCCCCCAACUCAGGCUUCCCCUUUUCAUGGAAGCCUUGAUUGCAGAGACUUUGAUGGGUAUCCACUGGCAGGUAAAAACAAUUUUAUUAUCUCAGAUUUUUGGAGUUAACUAGGAGACAACACUGGUUGCUUGACCUGAUGCCGUUGCUCUAUUACUAUUCUAUUAAUUGGAUUAUUUUAACAUUUGCUUUUAUUCUCUGAUCAUUGUUUUGCUGAAAGACAAUACAUGACGAGUUAUGUAUUUCAUGCUUGCAGGUUAUCAGAACAUCUGGGAAAUCUUACUGCAUCUUUUUUGUGAUAAUCAUCUUUUUGUGCUCAUUUUAUCUAUUUAAUUUAAUCCUGGCUGUUGUAACAAUGGCAUAUGAAGAGCAAAACAAAGCAACACUUGCACACACAAAGGCAAGGGAGAUGUUACUUCGUGAAGCCAAAGAACUACUAAAAAAGGAAAAGGUUUGUAAAUCUUUUUUUAAAAAAAUAUUAUUACAUACUUAGCCUAAUUGUUUUUAUUGUUGUUGCUGUUGUUAACAAUAGAAAUAAAGUAUGUAUAAUUCUAUUGUUGUAUCUUCAUCCAUGAUAAUUACUACUUAAUUAUGGCUGAAGUUCCAAUAACAGAAUUUAAUAUUUAAUACUUAUUAAAUUUCUGUAGGGGAAGAGGAAAAACAUUGCAACAUUAACAUGUGAAUUAAAUGAAAUACAUUAAUAGAUUUUAUGAUGGUGGCAGUAAAAAUGCUGUAAGCUUUUGACUGCAAUUGGUGAUGCAAUGGUCUGGAAUGUGAUUCUCCACUUUGCACUGUUAUUGCUGUUUGUCAUAGACUGCGCUUUUUAUCUAUUUACUUAGAAAAAUUAAAAAUUGCUUUCAAAAUAAAUAUUUUCAAAAAUUUACAUAGUACAGGAUGGCUUGCAAACAUGGGCGCAGAACAAUCCAAACUCUGGGUAUAGAGCAGUAUAUAAAUUCAAUAAAUACUAAUAAAACUGGAUGUGGGUGGCGCUGUGGUCUAAACCACAGAGCCUAGGACUUGCCGAUCAGAAGGUCAGCGGUUCGAAUCCCCGUGACGGGAUGAGCUCCCGUUGCUCGGUCCCUGCUCCUGCCAACCUAGCAGUUCGAAAGCACGUCAAAGUGCAAGUAGAUAAAUAGGUACCACUCCGGUGGGAAGGUAAACUGCGUUUCUGUGCGCUGCUCUGGUUCGCCAGAAGCGGCUUAGUUAUGCUGGCCACAUGACCCGGCUCCCUCGACCAAUAAAACAAGAUGAGCGCCGCAACCCCAGAGUCAGCCACAACUGGACCUAAUGGUCAGGGGUCCCUUUACCUUUACCUUUAAUAAUAAAACUACAGGAAGCCCAAGGAAUUGUUUAAACCCAUGUAAUCUAAGCCCAGGUAAAUUAUGCGGGUGUGAUUUACCCUUAUUCCAAACAGCAUUCAAGAGUGGGGCUAUGAGCUGGCCCAAGCCUAGCAGAGGGAAACAAGCUUUUAAAUUAUGCCAGUGUAACUUCUACAGGGUUGCUAGGUCAUGUGAUAGAGCUGAAUGGAUUUUGGAAUGCCAAAAAAUAUCCCCUUUUCUGGACUUGUCUCAGCCAAACCUCAGCUUAGCUAUAUCUCUGGCUGAGCAAGGAUGAGGGAUUUCAACUGGCAUAGCUUUGCCUACUCCAAACUCUGCUCAUACCUGUAGAUCUUGGGUUUGAAUUUCUUGCUUAAUUAAGCGAAAAACCUUAAGAAUACAAAACUAUGAGCAGAUUUUUCUUCAAGGAAUGAGCAGAUAUUUCUUCAAGGAACGAUAUGCCUUCUAAAGUUUAAAAGUAUCUUCAGGAAUUCAAAAAUGAAAGUUGUUUGGAGGAGAUAUCCAAUAAUUCAAAAUGAAAGCUUUAAAUUCAGGGUAUAAAGUUUGAAAGUAGCUAGCUCAAUAUCAGUUUCAAAGAAAUAUUCUUCAGGUGCCUGUAAAUCAGAGGUGGGAACCUUUUCUGGCCUUUGCACCAAAUUCAUAUCUCCCUUCCCUGUGGCAGACAAAAUCUGACAGGUGGACAGGGCAACUAAUCUGUCAAUCACUACAACAUCAAGUCACUACAAUUUCAGGUGAUGCUGUGCUUUGGAGUCCCAGUUCUUGGGACUACAAAGCACAGAGCAGCACUGUUUGAAAGCACGUUUGCUCUUUGCAAAAGGGGUUUUGAGGCUUUCCCCCACUCUCCUGUUUGAGCAUCCAUCACAGUAGCUUUUCAAGCAGGAGCAUGAUGGUGUCUGAUAGCCUCUUUGCUGUUUGUUCCCUGCUUCAGUUUGAGCCUCUGUAGGAAGUGUGCAUGUGCACAGAAACCUUAACCACAUCUGGGAGUGAUAAUACCCAAGUUAGAAGGUCCAAACUGCUCCUACCUCAUGGUUCCGGUUUCUUCAGAGCAGGGGACAUAAUUAAGUUGCUCUCCUACAUUGCUGAAGUCAAUGGUGGUUCUGACUAUCUUGGUCUCAGUGGUGGGGCAAAGAAUAAUCUGUCCCUGAAUGCACUCACCUCCAGAGCAGCAACAGAAUAAAUAACACUAUCCCAGUCAGGUAAUCAAGGCUACAUCUGUCAUAUUAUGGAUUGUGAUAGGGCCUCUUUUGCAAACAGUAGUGCAAAAAGUCUGUAUACUGCUCUUGGAUUAUGUUCUUAGGUAGUAUAACUGCUCUGUUUUGGGGCAGAACUAGAUAUUGUUGCUGAGAUAAUGUUUCCAAUAGUCCUAAAUGCUCACAAGUUGCUUAAUGAAACUAACAGUUCUUACAAACAUGCACAGAGCCUGUGUUGCAAAGAUUGAAAAAUAUACGCCUGAUCACAGAGGCACAAAACUAUCAGUGACUUCCUCUAAAAAAGUGUUUUCUUCUCGAUGUUGGUUUGGGGAAGGAGAUUUUGUCUAUUUGGUCUCAGAGGAGGCCUCUCUCGAUGAGAAGAACAGGCUUUUACAAGAUCAGUAUUUCCUCAUUUUGAUUACCAGUUAUGGGCUAAUUGCGCUUACUUGAACAUGGUCUAUUCCAGGAGUUGGCUUCCCAAAGACAAAUUGCAUCCUUGGAUGAAAACACUGAAAUGUCAAGUGUGGAAUUCAAAAAUAAAAAAAUGGGGAAAAGCAAGAGGAAGAAGAAACCGAAAGACAAAGAGCCAAAAACUUAUGGAGAAGAUGAAACCCUGUUUUAUACACCACCUGAUAAAAGUCAAAAGGAGCUUGUAAGUUUUAGCUGCAACAGCUUCGGUUGGCAUCUUUUUGUAUGUAAAUUUGGAAGUGCCAAAUAGAGCUUUAUUAAAUAUGAACCCGAAAAUUUGGUAUCUCCUCCAAACUGAUGCUAAAAAUUUCUACUCAUUUUUUGCAAGUCUUUCUCUUCUAGCAUUUCCAUGACAUCAGAAAUAUAAUGUUGCACACUGCCCCAAUCAUAACAGUAAUUUACAAAUUAGCUAACUCUGGCACUAGCUAUUUUGAGAAGGACUUAUACUAUUAACCAGCUUUCGUUUUUAGAUUUCUUUAAGGGUACGUUAUUCUCUCUGCUGCUACAUUAAUUCAUUGGGAAUUAUGUAAGUAAAUGGAGAGAUAAUCGUGUUACUUUAAAUAUUCAUUUUGGAUUUGUUUUCUGCACCCAAAGAAGGAGCUGUUAAUGUCCUAUCACCUACCCGUUGACACUCCUGAUGAUCCAUUUCAAAGACAACGGUUAACAAGUGCUGCUAAUGUCAUCAGCAAAACCAUGGGUGAGUUAAAAGUAAAUAAAAUAAAGUUUUAAAGAGGUUGGGGGUAACUUCUUCAGUGUUUUUAAGUAUUUUGUAAAAGAUAAUCAUAUCCAAAUCAGUAUUCCUUAAAACUUGAGAACAGUAUAUAUUGAAAAUUAUGCUGAAAAACUAGGAGAGUAAUUGUCUCAGGAGUGAGGGCCACUCACUGGAAAGCCCUGGCUCCCCUCCCCUCAAAAUCUUCACAUUUAAAUAAAUCAUGAAAAAAUGUUUACAAAUUGGGGUUUGUUUUUGUUUUGCUGAGCCUUUAGCAUUUAUUGUCAUCAUGUUUUCAUAUUAAUUUCAACAGUCAGAAGAAUAUAUAGUAGCAUUUCACUCAUCAUAGUUUGGACCAAAUAUGGAACUCAUUGCUUUCCUUACCUUAGUUUGUGUUCAUGGUUUUUGUUGUUUACUUGGAUUAUGAUGACACUGAGAUUGUAACUCCAGUAUGGGUAUGUUUUGCAGCCUGGAAUGUCAACAGUGAACUUGGUUCUGAUGUUGAUCUUUACUAUUCCAUCUGAAAAACUGGCCUGCAAAUUCAAAUUAUCUGCUCCCAGAAUAAAUGAUGAAACGGCAUAAAUGAUGUAAGGAGGGAACUGUAGCCCAAGAUAGGAAAAGAGGUAGUAAGGAAACACCUAGCUACUUUAAAUAAAUUCAGAACUCCAAGGCUGGAUGAGCUGCAUCCAAGGGCACUAAAGGAGCUUGCGGAUGUAAUCUCAGAGCCUUUGUAAACUCAGACCUUUGAGAAUUCUUGGUGAACAGGUGAGGUCCCAGCAGACUGGAGGUGGGCAAAUGUAGUCCCCAUCUUCAAAAAGGGGGAAGAAAAUAAGACCCAGGUAACUAUUGAUCAGUGAGCUUGACAUUGGUACCAGGAAAGGUCCUAGAACACAUAAUUCAACAGUUGGUCUGUGAGCACCUAGAAAAGGAUGCUGUGAUUACUAAGACCCAACAUGGGUUUCUCAAAAAUAAAGUCAUGCUAGAUGAAUCUCAUUUCUUUAUUUGAUGGAGUUACAAGCUUGGUGGAUCAGGGGAAUGCUGUGGACAUGUAUAUCUUGGUUUCAGUAAGUCUCUUCUUGACAAAGGCCCCCAUGACAUUCUUGCAAGGAAGCUGAUAAAAUGUGGAUUGAAUAAGGUAACUACCUUUAUGUCAGAGGCAUGACUUUUGCCCAGAUUUAUUGUGCAGUGUAGUCUGGAGUUUUUCCAAUGCUUUCUGGGGUUCCUCUGUUCAGGGUCACUCUUCUACAGUGUGCAAAGUUUCUUGCACAUAAUUGUGUGUUCAUACAGUCUGCUGCUGCAUGUUAGGAUUUGUGGGAAGAUCUAAUGUGUCCCAAACUGGUAUUAGAAGUCCGACAGAACAGCACUAUGUCAACUCAGUCACAAGUUCUAUUGAAUUCAGUGACUGUCUUAGGUAUGCAAGGUUUGGAUUGUUGCAGAGUAAAAGGAAGAAGAGAGGAGAAAAAGAUUGAAAGAGUGGUUUGUGUAGGACAAGGGAUUUGAGGGAACUUGUGCAGAUCCUUUUCAAGUCAAGCCAAGAAGACAUGGUCCCCCGCUUUAAUCAAUGGAUUGACAGCACUUGAAUGGAUUGCUAUAGAAACAGACUUUGUUUGGAUAAAUACGUAUAUUCAUAUAUGUAGUAGGACAAUAAUAUUACAUAUCUGUAUAAUAAUGUAUGGAAGUGUACAUGUACUGUGCUAUAUCUUUUUUCUUAUUGCACUUUUUAUUUAUUUUUCAUUUGCACUUUUUCUCUUUUCUCUAUUUUGUACAACUGACAUUUUCUUAAUAUUUUUUUUUUUAAGUCAGAGGGGGUGUGUGUGUGUAAAGAAUUACCUAUGUUUUACCUGAAAUUGUUCUCAUUUCAUAACUCAGUGUGCCUGUAAUUAUGUUCCUUUUCUUGUUUAGAAUGGGAAGAAUCAAAACUGGAAUUCCCUCCAUGCUUGAAAACUGCUGCCCAUAAAUAUCUCAUCUGGCAAUGUUGCCCACUCUGGUUGCAAAUAAAGAAAAUGGUGAAGAAAGUAAUGAUAAACCCUUUUGCUGAACUAUUUAUUACUCUGUGUAUUAUAGUGAAUACUGUUUUAAUGACAUUCGAAAGAGUUCCAGAAACAAAGAACAUGGUUUCCACAGGAAACAAAGUAAGUGAAGCCAAAUCCUUAUUAAGCUACAUGCCAAGAAUUACUUUUUUAUUGUUUUACUGUUGGAGAAUUUUGGAGUGCCUUUGAACUAAAAUUGGUGCCUAGAAAUUACGUUUAGUGCAUACCUAAAAAAAUGUGUUCAUACAAACCCUUUCUUCUCUAGUGGGUACUAGGACACACCAUCAAGUGGGAUUGCGUUUCACCUGUUGCUUGAGGCAAGAAAAGCAAUUAUCAGUCCACAGGAAGCUCUCUCUUACCCUCUUCCUUGGAAUGUCAGCUGAAAUAUCAGUUCAUUUUCCUGCCUCACUUGAAGCAGUUUUAUAUUUCCCUUGUGCUCUAUUCUGGCCUGUUAUUUCACUCAUUGUUGUUAUUAUUAUUAUCUGUCACUUCUGUCUGUGCUUGUAGGUUAGAGUUUCUGUGCGAAUCUCAUAGUAAGAUUGAGAGAGUUAAAUUCUGCCCCCGCCCUGCAGGCCAUCAUGUGUGUGUGUGUCCUUUUUCCUUCAUACCUUUUCACCCUUAAUUAGUUACAUUUGUGAUCAGACACUCUUUCCCAUGUUAAUGGUUUUCUGGUGCUGGUUGGGGCUAAUGGAAAUUGGAGUCCAGUAUCAUCUGGAGGGCCACAGAUUAGCCACCCCUUCCCUAAAGGCAUAGCUUGAAUUUAACAUAUGGCACAUUUAUUGUGUUCUGACAUAAUUUCUCUUGCAGGUUUUCACUGCCAUUUUUACAGCUGAAAUGAUCCUCAAAAUAAUUGCUCUUGAUCCCUACUACUAUUUUCAAGAGGCUUGGAAUAUUUUUGACUGCCUUUUGGCUAUUUUAGGUAUAAUAAGCUUGAUCACGAAGCGUCCCCUAUCAAUUUUCAGAAUGGUAAUGAUGAAUCUCCUGUUAUAGUCACUUUAAAUCUUCCACAUUAAAUCUAUGGAAUGUAGGGCUUACUUUCCUUGACACAUUUAUUUAUUUAUUUAUUUAUUUAUUUUAUUAAUAGUGCGUAUAUGUGGCAAAAUCAGUAAUUUCAAUAAAUUAUGAGCAGAUGACAAUCAAUUUGAGGAAACACUUAGAAUAUAGGGUUGUCAUGAAAUCUCUGAGAUGCUUUAAAAUACAUUUUUACCUGUUCAAGGGAAAAUAAAAUAGUAAAUUAUAUUGGUCACACACACUAGACAUUUACAUCACACGAUUUCUCCCAAAGAAUCAUGGGAAUUGUAGUUUAUAAUUCCCAGCACUUUACCAAACUACAGUUCCCAUGAUACUUUGGGAGAAAUCAUAUGCUUUAAAUGCAUUAUAUAGAUAUGACCAUUGGAAUUUAAAUUGCAUUUUCUGCUUGGUUUAUGAUACUGUGUGACAAUGAAUCCUAAGACAGCAUUUUAUUUUAAUGAAAUAAGAAUAGAACAGGAGCACAAUCAUAGACACACCCUUUUAAGGGUUUUCUUUUGAAUACAGGAUUGUCAUGAAAUAAGUCUAUUUCAUUAGAGUGCAUGCUUGAAUGCAUCUUACUUUAGAGGAAGAAAUUUGCAUGCUGAAGCAAACUUCCAUACUCCUUCUCUGGACCAGGAACUGCAAAUUCAAUGCAUAUUAGAUGCAUAUUCAAAUUCAGGUUUCAUCUAUCUGCACUACAUUAUUUUUGAAUGGUUGCACAUCACAAAGUGUAUUUAUAGCUUCCUUUUGAUGCAAAUAUGCUUAAUUACAUACAAAUCAUGCUGGUAGAACAAUUUCUCUAUUUUUAAUAAUACUGGAAAAUCAAGACUUAACUUUCUCCUUUUUUUGCUGCUAUUCUCUCCCUAUCCCCUGCCCCCACCCUACAGCUGAGAAUUUUCAAAUUGUCCAAGUUUUGGCCAGCAUUAAAUAAGCUCAUGAAAAUAAUGUGGAAAUCAGUGGGCCCACUAAGCAACCUCACGCUUGUUCUGAUUUUUACCGUAUUCAUUUUUGCUGUGGUUGGCAAGCAGGGCUUUAGCCAAAGUUACAAAACAUUUCGAGAAACAUGUGAGAACAAAACGCAAAUCUGUAACAGUGACAGUACUGAUGCCACCGAUAAAUGUAAAUUACGAUGGCAUAUGGAAGACUUCUUACAUUCAUUCCUUGUUAUAUUCCGAAUUCUCUGUGGAGAAUGGAUCGAAACGAUGUGGGGCUGUAUGAAAGCUGCUGGGGAAGGAUGGUGCAUUUUUCUGUUCAUGCUGGUCCUGCUUUUAGGAAACCUAGUGGUAAGUUUUCAAAGAAUUUCCUUCUUCUAUGGGACAUAUUUAAAAUUAUUUCUUCAGUAGGAUUGUUUUCAUGAACGUUCGACACAAUUUAGCUACAUCAGGCAGUGGUAAAACCACACCUUAAGAAACCUUCCCUGGAUUCAGAAAACCUAAUUAACUUCUGACCAGGUGCUAAUCUCCCUUUCCUGAACAAGGUUCUGGAGUGGUCGCAGACCAGAUCUUGACGCUUUUGGAAGAAACGAAUUUUCCGUAUCCAUUUCAAUCAGGUUUUAGGCCCGGUUUGGGCCAGAAACUGCUUUGGUCGCCCUGUAUGAUAACCUCUGUCACAAGAGAGACAAAGCAUACAUGUCCCUGUUAAAUCUUCUUGACCUCUCAGUGACUUUCAAUACAAUUGACCAUGAUAUCCUUCUGUAGCAACUGUCCAAACUAGCGGUGGGUGGCACGCUUUGCAGUGGUUCCGGUCCGACUUGGGUAGACAUUUCCAAAUAGUGUUGUUUGGGAGUGUUCUUCAGCCUUGUGGAGCCUUCAAUGUGGGGUUCUUCAGUGUUCAGUUUUAGCCCCUAUUUAGUUAUUUAGUAUCUACAUGAAACCACUGAGUGGAGUUAUCCAGAGGUUUGGAGUAUGUUGUCAGCAAUAUGCUGAUGACACACAGCUCUACUUUUCCUUUACAUCUGCAGACGAGGCAGUGGAUGUGCUGGACUGCCUCAGCAAUGGAUUAGAUGAGAGACAACAAACAAGCUCAAUGCAGAUGAGACUGAGGCACUGUUAAAGGGUGGCUCCCUAGACACUCAUUUUCCUGUUCAGGAGAUCAGCUGAUAGCAAUGCCAUUAAAAACACAAAGAGGGUCAAGUACUGGGCCAUUAAAAACAAUUCACCAUACAGAUGUUGUCGGUCUUUCCCCCAGCUGAGAAGUGGACAGAAACAGAAGACUUGAGAGGGGGAGGUUGGCAUGGGUAACAGGGGACGUGAUGUCACCACAGGAAAAAAUAUGUCAUUUUAAAAUAGAGGUUUGGGAGCAGAAAUUUUGGGAAGGAGAAGGGACCAGAACUCCAUGCAGCAUUGGCUGAAGGAAGCUGCAUGCAGAGACCUGGGAGCAUGAUUGGCUGUUGCUUUGAACCCAAGCUUGCUGAAGCUAUGGGAGAAGCAACAAGAGGUACUCCCUCUGUUGGAUAUUCACUAUUUGAUGGACUGAUCCAACACCCUCCACCAAAACUCAGGUUGUGUGUGAAAUAAACCAUAUUUCAUAAAGACAUGACAAUCUCCCCUGUGCCUCAUUCCCAAGGAACACAAACCCUGGUUAAGUGCCAAGACCCCUGGAAUCCUCCUAUCUAUCAGCAGAGAUUGGAAUGGCCUGUACAAUACUGAAUGAAUGGGAAGUCCUUUUUCUCUGGGGAAAACAGGAAGCAGUUGAAAUGUGUUACUUUCCAAAAUACCCUUUCCGCUCUCACUGUUUGCUUCAUUUGGUUACUUUUCAUUCAGGUCCUCAACCUCUUUAUCGCUUUACUCCUGAGUUCCUUUAGUAGCAGUGAUUCAGAAACUGAGGUAGAUGAAGAGCAAGCUAAGCCUCAUGUGAUCCUUGCUCACAGGGGGUUGCAAUUUGUCAAACAUCUGCUGUGGGACCGCUGUUGCAAUGCCCUUGUGCAAAAGCUGAAGAAAGCAAGAACCAAGACCAAGGAGGUGACCAUCCCAAAGGACGGUGCCACUGAGCCGAGGAAAGGGGUCCAGGAAAACUAUGCUAGUGGUAAACGUUUGGAGAAGCUGCCGGUGGAUCAUUUUAUGACAGACUUUAAUACAUUUGUCUGUGCUCCCCUUGCUGAAAUGGAGACUUUUGGUGAGGAAGAAAUUGAUUGCAGCAAAGAGGUAAGAAACAGGCCCCACAAAUGAACAUUUCUGGUAGACAGCUGGUAUAGAUAAGCCUAGCCAAGAGGCUAUGGUGAAUAAAUCAUUCCAAGUAUACACCAUUACUAUAUGCUUCCAUUGUGGCUGAUCCAUGUUACAUAUAUUGGAAUAUUAUACAUUAUUAAGUUUGUAAAUGUCUUUGUUAACUGAUGAACAGGAUUCCAUUUCUGUUUGUAUACAAAGGCUUUGAAAACUAGUAGUCUAGCUUCUUGUGUGAGGUGUUAGGAACAAAAUAUCUUUACUUUCAUACUUUUCCCUAGGAGAACAACUUGCAAAAGAGAAGAGAGAAAUUCAAAAGGUCAAGACAAAUGCUGUCUUCUGAUAUUUCCGAAAGUACCAAUGUUUGGUCUUUGAAUGUUCCUAAGGUAAAGCAAAGGAAAAUGAUCAUUAUAGCUCUAUUGCUUGCUGAGGGUGGCAUUCUGCAUUUCCAGGAAAGUGGUAUAUUCUACUUCUUUUUUUUAUAUAGUGUAUUCCACUUUUAUAUUGCGGAAGUAUUUUUGCUUCUCCCCCUGAAAAACAAAGGACACCUAGUUUGGGGGUAGGUAUUUUCUCUGAGGCUGGGAAAGCAGUCUUCAUUUCUGUGUCUGGAGAAGGGGACUCACUGCUUGAUCAUCCUGUAUUUGGGUUGGUGAGCUGUAGAAGAGCUCACCAUAUUUUAUAAGCUCUUGGCAAAAAAGGAACAUUUCUCCUAAUAUGCACAUUUUUGUAAACAACUUCACCAUAUAUAAUGCAUUUUUAUAUGCUAUUUUCACAAAUACAGUCGUACCUUGGUUGUAGAAUGAUUUUGGUACUCAGACGUUUUGGCUCCCGAACGCUGUAAACCCGGAAGUGCGUGUCCUGGUUUGUGAACAUUUUUUGGAAGCCAAAUGUCCAAUGUGGCUUCCAGGAAGCUCCUGCAGUCAAUUGGAAGCUGCGCCUUGGUUUUUGAACCAUUCCAGGAGUUGAAUGGACUCCCGGACCGGAUUAAGUUCAACAACCAAGGUACCACUGUAUCAGCGGUGGAGGAAGCCACUCGGGCUCCUGGGGUGCUGCGCCCAGGGGCAGCGCGAGCUGCACAUAGGGGCGGGGUGCACUCUGGGGCCUCCGGAGUCUGCCUGCCUCCUCCCACUCAGCUGCCCUACAGUUGGGGGGGGGAGGCAGGGGGGCGGACCGUUUGGGCAGCACAGAGCUUGCGCGCGCCCAAGCCACUGCGUCUCUCCCAGGAGCACGCUGCAGGCCCCGCAGUGAGUGCUGCCUGGCAUUUUGUCACCCCCCUCGGUGAUGGCACCUGGGGCGGAUCACACCCAGCACACCCCCUUCGUCCGCCCCUAUACUGUAUAUACAUUUUAGUACACUUUUUUUUGGUUGGAGAACUGCCUUGCAAAAUUUGGAGAAAUGUGAAUUUCAAAGGAUAGCUGUGUUUUGGUGCACGUAUUGUUUCAGGAAGUAAAAAUCAUAUUUCAAUGUGAAUCCAAACAAAUUUCUCUCCCACAUCUGUGGUGGUGCCCAGUCAGUGGAUUGCUCUCCCUAUUGAAGUAUAACCAGCACAACUAUUACAAACAUUUUGGCUUAAGUUCAAAACUCACUUAAUGGCCCUGGCAUUUUAAAGUUUGUCUGUUCCUCUUGUUUUUUAAACUGCCUCUAGUGCUUUUAUUUGUUAUUAGGUUAUCUUUAAUUCUUUUAUUUUGGAUAUGUUUUAUAUUUAUAUACUUCAUCCUGGUAUCUUUUGUAGAUGAAGCAUGGUCUAGAAUAAUUCUUAAUAAAUAAGUUGAUUGCAAAAAGUGUUUGGAUCACAAAAAGCUUGCAGGAGAAGGUUAAGCUUCCCUUUCCCCAAUGCUGCUGCUGCAAUCAAAUUUGUGUCCCCCUGAGGCUGCAUUUCAACAAUAGAAGAAUAAAUAGUAAUACUGUUGCAAGCCAUCCCAAUCUUCGAGCGGUGUGAGAUUCCAGGAGUUUCAGGCGCAUAGCAGGGUUCAUAUUUCCUUCAGAUGAGGGACAGUGGAGACUGUGGUGUCUUUACGAUAUAUGGCUUAAUUACACAUAUAUAUUACCUCAGCCUACAAUGUUCAUAGCAGGAGCACCCCAAAAGAGUCUUGCUUCUCCUUUAGCCAUAUUCAUGGAUUUAAGCAGAAAUCAGGCACGACUCUCUCUCUGGUUUCCUAGACUGCUGCUUCCAGACUCUAGCUUCUAGCUCACAUAACUCUACUCUCAUCUCUCACCUUUGUCUUCCUAAGAACCAGCCAGUUAAAGAAGGGGGCACCACCCAUUAGGCCACUGGUGCAGAGCCACUUCCUUUGUUUUCUUAAUGGCCGGUUACUUCGCCAGGAAGUAUUCUGGCUAAUACAGAUUGGCAGCAGCUCUUCAGAGUUUUACAAAAGAGUAUUUCCCAGCCCAGUUUGGCGAUAUUGGAGAUCAAGCACAGGACCUUCUCACUGGAUGACAGCCCAUUAAGUGGGUUAUCAUUACCACAUGGCAUCCAAAGGCAGGAAAUGCAUGCAAAUUCAAAGAAAUAGGACUGUUCUGCUUUAUAUUUCCCCAGUCCAUUUCCUGCCUUUCAUCCAUCUGAUUUUCUUUCCCAGUCUCUGCUCUCCCUUCAAUCCUUUAGCUACUGUUGCAUGUUUCUGUCAAACUAGUAAUCAUUUUCUGAGUUUCUCCCUCAUUAUUGUUCAUUGUGUGUGAUUUUAGGUAUUUCCCCCCUAUCAGAUCAGGUUUCAGUUCCCCACCUCUCAGCAUCUUGCCUUACCGACCAUCUUUCAGUCAGCAGCAACUAUAGCAGCUCUGUUGGCAAAUGGGGUAUCACUGAGAAAUGCUAAGUGUCUGCUUGGUCCACACCUGAUACUUUUACCAAGCAUUACUUGUACCCUUUUAAAAUGUGGCUCUUUUAUAGGAGGUGUUAGUGGGUUGUUGUUUUUAUUCUGAUUAUAUACAGUAUGUUGUGAUCUUUUCUGUGAACUGCCCUGAGACCUCCGGGUAUAGGGCAAUAUAUACUGUAAACUCAAUAAACAGUAUAUACUGUAAACACAAUAAAAAGAUCCCUCUGUGGGCCGGAUCGCUCAUGGGUCCAUGAUUUUCGGCAUCUGCGUCUGCGCAGACACGAUUUCCAGCACCAAGGAAGCGAGUCCCCGCUCUGCACCAAUUUAGCGCAGCGCAUGAGCGGGUAUCUCAUUUCAGGGGCGGCUCGGGGGCCGGUCAAACUGAAGGACCACACAUAUCUGCUAUUGGGUCCCUGAAGCACAGAUUCACACAAAGCGGCAAAACGUCCUUGCAGGUUAUUAACAGGAUUUUUAUUUGAAGUGCAUAUGCAAAACAAAGGUACAGGGCGAUCAGUACGCAACCUGUACACAGUAGUCAGGGUGCGCCCCCUUUAUAUAGAUUUGCAGAGUAGAAUACCACCUGAUCUCCUGUAAGCCACCUGAUUUCUUGUAAACCGAAAGUUAUGGCAACUUCCUAUGUCCUUACAUGGGCUUGCCCCCCCUUUCUUUCCUGCACCAGCCUCUCCACACCAUGAGCCUCAACACGUGUUCAAAUGUAAAACAUGUGAUUUAUACUGAUAGCAAUAAGAUGGGGCUUUGUCUCCUGCAUUUUACCUCCUCCCGACUGGGGCCCAUUCAACCUUGCUCUUAUCUUUAUUGCCUAAGCUAGACAGUCCAACAAGAGGCCCAUUUGCACCGUAACAUUUAAGCAAGAAAAGCCUUGUUCUUCUGGCUGGUGAAAAACCUCCCCCAUUUGGAAAAAAAAGUCGCCUUAAACAGUUUUGGGGAUCAUAUAGAGAACAAUAUUCUAAUGGCCCCUUCAAAACGAUCUCCACGGGCCACUUCCGGCCCAUGGGCCUUAGGUUGCUGACCCCUGAUCCAGAGAGAAAGGGACGGUUGGUCUCACCUGAAAGGUGUUUCUCCUGGAUAGUAGUCCAUCAAGGCCUUGUCCUACAUGUGCAAAAGGGCAGCUGCCAUUCUGCAAUUUAUUUCUGCAUUGCUUUUAAUUUAUUCUUAAACUGGUUGAAGUUGUUUGCUUAAUGCAUUUUUUAUAUCAUCAGCAUGUGUUAUUCUAAUGUAUUUUCUAUAUUCAGGAUUAAUUUUCUGUACAUUUUGUGUUUGUGCUUGUGUUUUCUCUUUAUUUUUCUGUCUUCUUUUUGAGUAUAAUACAUCCUUCUGGUCUUGUCAUGAAAUGUACUGGGAAGAUAUAGAGCUGGGCAGUCCUACUUCCUCAUAUUUUACAUUCAUUUCCCUUCAGAUGCUAAGUGUUGAUGAUUGCCCACUUGAUGGACUAUAAUGCUAGAGGAAACGCCUUCAGAUGAGACCAGCGGUCCCUUCUGCAUGCAAAGCAUAUGCUUUUCCAUUGAGCCACCACCCUUCCCCAUCAUUGGUCAGUUACAUUAAGAGGAUACUGUUUUUUCUUGUUUUGUUUUCAAUAUUCAGAGCGUGGAUCUUGAGAGCAGCUGUUCUGAGGCCAGCACGGUAGAUGAGAGGUCUCCCAUCUGCAUUUUCCCUGUAGUCAAGAAGGAGCCUGUGGCCUGUUUUCCACAAGGUGACAGACUAGCUUUAUUGGCAUAUAAUAUGAUUUUUUAAUUUAUAAUUUAUUUGAGAUAGUCAGUUCUUUUUUGGGUAAGGUGCUCAACAGAGCAGUAGCUGCCCAGUUACAGAUGAACCUAGAUGAAGCAGACUAUCUAGACCCAUUUCAUUGUGGCUUCAGUCUUGGGCACAGUACUGAAACAGUCUUGGUUACUCUGAUUGAUGAGGGAAGACCAGGAGUGCUAUUCAUCUCUUGGCCACAUUGACCAUUGACCAAGGUAUCCUGACACAGCUCUGGGGGGGUAUUAUCAUGGUUCUUCUCCUACCUACAGGGGUGCUACCAGAGAAUACAAUUCAGGGGCUUUUGUCUGGCCCCAUGAUAUCUCUAUUAUGGGGAACCACUAGGUUCUAUCUUGUCCUCUGUGUGCUUAACAUCACUCUCAAGCCACUGGGAGGAGUCAUCCAGGGAUUUGGGGCACAAAGUUACCAAUAUGAGGAUGACAUUUAUUGGGGUGGAUCUAAGGAAAUUCAUUUCUGAUCUACUCUCAAUCUAAUUAUUCUGGCCUUUAUAUGGGGACCAGCCAUUGGCAACUGGGAAGCUGGUAGUUUUUUGCAACUUUAUCUUCUCAUGAGCAAAUAUUCCAGUGUAUUAGUUCACACAAGAAACUCUUCCUCUGCACUCCGUGGAUGUGCUGCUUGUACUAGUUACAUAGAAGGCCACCAGCAGAAUGUUCCAGGGAUAGGAAGAAAAGAGGAAAUAAUUUGCUAUUUUCUCCUGCAAAGAUGCUAAAUGUUAAAAAGACUGGUUUCCUGCUGAUUCUCAGAACACUGAUAAUUUCUGUAUUUGAUUUCUCUUUAUUUCAGUGUUGGUCAAGUUCUUCCCAUGUUGCACAGUGAAUACUGAUAAAUUUCCAGGCAACACUUGGUGGAGGUUUAGAAAAACCUGCUACAGAAUUGUAAAACAUAGUUGGUUUGAAUCUUUUAUCAUAUUUAUGAUAUUACUGAGCAGUGGUGUUCUGGUAAGCUUACUAUGAUAUCCUUAAAAUAAGAGUAUUAUUAAUUUUUUGGCCUUGUGUUCAGCUCUGAAUUUUCUUUUUUCCUAUAGUUGCUGAAAUCUGUUUAAUAGGAUGCAUAGCUGUCAAGUGUCCCUUAUUUGAAGGGACAGUCCCUUAUUCCAGCGCCAUGUCCCGCUGCUGUCCCUUAUUGAUAGAUGUCCCUUAAAUGUCCCUUAAAUGAUGUCCCUUAAAUUUCAAAGGAAGCAGCUCCUCUCCCUCCUUCCCUGCCGGCCAGGGAGGAGGGAGGCUCCAACUGUGUUGCUUGGCUGUGUUGCUCACCCAAUAAGAAGUCUAAGAACGACUGGGGGGUGGAGCUUGCAUGCCUUGUGUGCGGCUAGUUAAUGCAAGCUGAGGGGUUUUUUGAAUGCUGGACGCCAUUUUGUUGCACGUGCUGCUGCAAACUUUGCAGUGCAAGGCCAGGCUGGGGAGCCAUCUUAAGUUGAGGCUGCAUAGGCCUUGUGGUGCAUGUGAUUCAGAUUCUAUUCAGUUGAACCUCUGGUUACAAAGUUGGUUGGACAGUGUUCUCGAAGCUAUCAGCAUGAGUUUGACCAGACUGCAGGAGGACAGGAAGACUGGAGUGCCUGGAACAGGUGAGGCUGCAGGUCCCUUAUUUUGGCUGCUGGUCCCUUAUUUUCAAGGCUGCUGGUCCCUUAUUUUCAAAUCUGUAAGUUGACAGCUAUGAUAGGAUAGGUGAUUUUUUUUAAAAAAUGUAUUCCUUGAUAUUAUAUAAUCAUGCCUAGUGUAUUCCAUUUUAUUGGUGCAUGAGUAAUAGUGCAAACAUUCUUAGAUAAACAAUGGCCAAAAUCCAAAGAACCAUGCAGCUAGAUCCAAAGGAAUUUUUGACUUGUUCUUCUUGAACAGUAACCCUUCAUUUUACAUGACAAUCCAUUUUUUAAAGUGGAUAGGAGGUUCUAUCAGACAAAAUAAUGCUGGGCACUUAAAGCAGCUCUUUAGAUUCCAGCUGAUAAAAGUGAGGCUUGCUUGUUUUUUAAAGUAUUUUUAAAAGUAUAUGUUUAUAUUUUUAAGAGUAUUUUAUAAAAGAUCCCAGUUAAUUGAUUGCUGGGAUUUCCUUCAGAACUCUCCAGAUAUAUUGCACUAGGUUUCACUGGUAUGAACUAAAUGGAAUCUUUAUUAAUGGUAUAGAAACUCAGACAUGCUGGGUAUAAAGUAAUAAAGCAUUUUUAUUCCAAGCCCCCAAAACAGACUUGCAUAUGAAAAAAAGUUCAUUUAUAUGGGCCAUAUAUGUAAACUCAAAUGGAUCUCACCCAGUCCUUAGCUUCUGUUGCUAUACAGAUGGCCAGAACUCUGAGCACAGGCUAGAAGUUGGUGGUCACUGAAGAGUGGUAUGCCACAGCCAAACUUUGUACAGUCUAGUUUCUUCCUCCAAAUCAGGAUUUUAUAUAACCACUAGCCAGAGUCCAGUUGGCCAUAUGAACAAUCUGCUAUUUCAAGAUACAGGUAGGUAGUCGUGUUGGUCUGUCGUAGUUGAAACAAAAUAAAAAAAAACCUUCUAGUAGCACCUUAGAGACCAACUAAGUUUGUUAUUGAUAUGAGCUUUCGUGUGCAUGCACACUUCUUCUAAGGUGCUACUGGAAGGAUUUUUUUUAUUUUAAGAUAAACAUCCUAUUGGUAAACAACCCCAUAUCUGUGGAUCAUAGUAUGCUCAAUUUUGUAGCUUGAAAUGGCCAUAUAAGAGAUUGUGGCAUGCUUCAGUUGUGUGCAUGGCACAUGAUACAAUGUUCCUGUUAUAUAACAAUCUAAUGCAUACUAACCCCUUAACCUAUAUUUCCCCCAGUUAUUCAAUCUUUGAUACAUAAUCCCAGCAAUUAUGCAAUGCUCAUGCCUUCUGUAUAUUGCCUAUUAGGCCUAUGGGGCUUUCCAGUUCAUGACUAGGGUUUUUCCUUUUGCAGGCUUUUAUGUGUAAGCAGUUGGGUUCAAAGCAAUGGAGAGCUAUAGUUGGAAUCUUACAUCCAGUAUAGGCAUAAUUAUUAAGGACCCCUAGGCCAGUGCUAUGGUCCUAAGAACCAUCUUUGAUGUCAAAAUGCUACACUUUGACAAAUAAUUUAGGCCUACGAUUUCUACAUUGUCAUUUAAUUUUACUACAUACUUGGCAAAAAAUGUUGUUGAAUCUUGAACAUGGGAGCAGGGUUCACACAGUGAACUUCAGAGAUCAAUGUUGUAGUACUUCUUAAACUUUAAUCAGCUGGAAGAAGCCCUUCCCCAAUGAAUGCUAAGUGAGUGGGCUGCACCCUUUUUCAUCACAUUGCACAAAUUUUAAAUAUCCCACUAGUGAAUUCUAAAUCACACCUGAUUUCUGAAAUACUAGAUCUUUGAAGACAUCUACCUUGCUGAGAGAAAGACCAUAAAAAUCAUACUGGAAUAUGCAGAUAUAUUUUUCUUCUACAUCUUUUUCCUGGAGAUGCUUCUGAAAUGGGUGGCUUAUGGCUUCAGAAAAUAUUUCACCAAUGCUUGGUGUUGGCUUGAUUUCUUUAUUGUAUGUGUAAGUAUCAGAUUUAAUCUUACUGUCCUGCAUGUUGCUGUAAUGUACAAUUAUGUGAAGUAGCUACCGCCUCAGAGAUCCAUGUAGUAAAUGGGCCAGCCUCACAGUUAGGUAGCGUGAGCAAGCCACCCCGGGCAGCUGAUUUUGGGAAUUUGUGCCAGGUAGCAAAAUAAUGUGGUUAGCCCUAGGAACACUAUGUAUUUUGACUCGCUUUGGGUGUGUGUGCGUGCUGUCCCAUCUCAGGCAACAUAAUGUUGAUUUAAAUCAAUGAUCAGUGUCAGUGUCCCUGAUCUUUGACAUAGGGAAGACAAUUGGUGGAGGAAAGGCAGGGUCAAGGGGCGGGGAAUCUAAUACAUUCUGGAUUCCACAGAGGGGUUGCUUGAUAAACAAGUCAGCAUGGAAAGAAUUCCCUGAAGGCACAAUGUUUGAAAACCAUAACUCCACAUCAAGAAUGGCGCAUGGGAAACCACUUAAACGAAAUUGUCUUAAUUUGGAAAUAAUUUGUAUAAAUGAGUUAACAUUUGGAAAAUCAAUAAAAAUAAUUGGCAUAAGAAAACCAUAACUCCAAAGAUAUGUUUUACAAGUAAACAGCCCGUGUUUUUCCUUUCUUUUUCUUUUUUUAUCACAGGUUUCCUUUCCUGCAAAAACAACGGGAACAAAGGGAAGAGAUCUGUGUGAUAGCCACGUCUCCACAAAAUCUCUCAGAACUUUAAGAGCCCUGAGACCUCUUCGCGCAUUGUCCAGAUUUAAAGGGAUAAAGGUACUAAAUACAGUUUUUCUGUUACAUGUCCCACAAAACUAAGGCUGUGUUGAGCUGGUAGUAGGGAUGGCAAAAUCUAUCCCAUUUUGUUCCAUUCUAAUCCAUCCAAUUAUUAGAUAAAAAUUAGAUAUUUUUUAGAUAAUUCCAGGGAAAUCCUAAACAACCCAAACAUAAAAAGAGUCACAAAAUGCACACAUAACAAAACAAAACAAGUAGUAUUUAGGACUCUGUUUUUCCUGUUUUAACACUAUAAAGCUGCUUGGACAUGAAGUCAUUUCCUGCAUCAUUUCAAAAAGUGUUUUGAAGCUUCUCCAAGCACACACAAUUGGUAAAACAAUUGACAGGCAUCUUGCCUGGUACCCCUACUUUAAAGGCGGUCUUUUAAUUUUGAUUUUAUGAAUGGAAAACUGAGUUAGUGACUUGCUCAAGACUGCCUUUUGACCUGGGAUUUGGACCCACUUCCCCAUAGCAAAUUCUAGCACCAUAUUCACUCAAUUGGUGGUGCUCAUUUGUAAAUCAGGAAAAAGAUCCAUACUUAAUCGUGUAAUUGCCACACGAUUAUCAGAUUGCUUGGUUACGUGCUAUCAUUGCUUAGAGCCAUUGGUGGACUGAUUCUAUUCAUUGAAUAACUGAUUGUGUGUUUCAUUUUCUCAUUUAAGGUUGUAGUGAAUGCACUCGCAGGAGCUGUCCCUUCGAUCGGGAAUGUGCUGCUUGUCUGUGUUGUUCUCUGGCUCCCAUUUAACAUCCUAGGAGUACAACUGUUUGGAGGAAAAUUUUCGAAAUGCAGUGAUGCAUCUUUAAAAAAUAAAAAUGUCUGUGAAAGUCAGAAUUCCGAAUGGACUAAUACGAAUGUCAACUUUGAUCAUGUUGGGAUGGGGUAUCUGGCUCUCCUCCAGGUGGUAUGUUCAAUCACACAUAGUUUCUUUGGCAAGAGAACAACCUUGGCAAGCCACAUAUGUGCAGCCAAAGAAUAACAGAUAGAAAAUUUCUAAAGAAUUCAGAAUUUGCUUCUGAUAUUCAGUUUUGAAGGAUUUUUUUUUUAAAAAAGAAAAUACACAGGAGAGCAACCUUAAAUAUUAAGAAAUAUUGCUGAUUGCUGUUAAACUGCACAUUGAGAUUUCCAGUUUGAAGCUAAUCCAUGAUCUGAAGCUGAAACUAGCUCCAUGAUCCAGGGCUUCACAAUGCCUGUGUUCUAAAAUGCUACAGAGGAUGUACUAUUAUAUUUCUGAAGUAUAUCUCUCUCCAAUAGAAGACCUGUACAAACAUGAAGUGUAGAGAAUGCUCAAGGGGAGGGAUGGUAGUGUGAGCAUGCUAGCUCCACCAAUAUUCCAGUGUUGUUCCUUGAUUUGUGAAUGGUGACUGUGCAAAGAGGGAAGGCUCCUGUAUCUGGAGGCACUCAAUGUAUUUUGGAACCCUCAUUUUUCAAUGUUCCAAAAUGUGCAUUUUGAAGGGGAUGUUUCCUCUGGUCUGGUUUUUUAGGGACAGUUAUUUUAUUGGCAAUGGAAAGUCUGUUUCUGUGCCCCUGAACAGUGUAAGAUAACAAAAUAAAAAUAAUUUUUUUUUAUAUAGGCAGGCACCUUCUAUGCCAACUUUUAAAUGCUUGCUGAAAACCUUUUAUUCCUCCAGGAAUUGCCUGUGCAGGCAAUUAAGAGUACAUCUCUCACAGUGGUCUAUUGGUGUUUGUACAGUGUCUUUAUCCAUGCAUGAGGCAGGCAUGUGGAUAGACAAAUAUGGCUGCACCUGUCAAGUCUAGUGCAUCCCUUAGCUUACUCCUCAGGAGGGUGGCAAGCCAAAUGGGUGUUAGACUGUCAGACAGACUAGGAAAAACAAUUUACAGAAUACUUCCGUAACUUGGUUUGUUUAUAUAUAUAUUUUGCCAGGCAACCUUUAAGGGCUGGAUGGAGAUUAUGUAUGCUGCAGUAGAUGCACCUUCAAAAGUAAGCCAUGAAAAGUUACAGCAUUUGUCCUUUUUAGAUGCUUUGCUUCAUUUUUAUUGACCGGUUACACUAUUGAGUUGUAUCAUUCUAUGUACUUUUAGAAUUGUUACAGCUUUCACCCCAAAGAAUCUUGGGAACUGGAGUUUGGUGAGGUUGCUUACAGUUGCAAGAUAGGGAUGGGAUGGAGGACAUUUCUCCUUGCAGACCACAUUUUAAACUGUUUUUCUCCCAGUGGGUGUUAUUCCAGCCUGAAUUAAAACACCUCAUUUUUACACUCAAAAAUGUUUACUUUUAGUUUGUGAAAUUAAAAUUAUUCAGCCCUGAAAGAAACAUCUCCCUGCAUAUCUCUGAGCAAGCUACCUAAGUAGAAGGAAGCAGGCUCAAAACAGUAACUCCUGGAGAGAUGUUGUAGACAGCUUUCUCUGAUAGUGAGUAAUUGCAAAAUUACAACUAUGAACUGGAAGUGCUUCAUCCUAUGAUGAUUAUAGUCUUGUACUAUCUAGAACAGUUUAUCUGAAAUUUUGCCAAUACCCUUGCAGCAGAAAGGAAAUAUUAGUUUGCUGCUGUCACCAUCAGUUCCUAUGCCUGCAAAUGGGUUCGGUGGUAUAAUUAAUCAAAUUCUCUAUUACUUUUUUAUUUUAUUUCAAGCUGUCUCAGUUCCUCAAGUUCCUCAGUAAACGAAGUUCUACAUGCCUAUGGGAGAGGACACUGGGGAGGAACUGCCAAUAGCCAUAUUCAGUCACCCAUUCCAGAAAUCAGGGGUGCCAACUUGAAUAAAAUAUUGGGGGGUGCAAAGUAAGCCCUGCCCUGCAUAAUCACAUGAUGCGGUACAUGGACACCACUUGAAUGGCAGUGUCCAUCAACUGGGGCAGCAGCCCCCUCAAUUCCCCUGGCUCUCUAAUUCCCCAGGCUCAUCACCCACUAUUCCACCAUGCACCCCAAAACAUCCAAUAAAUACAUGUCAAGCUAAAGACCUAUAUUGCUUAAAAGACUUCUACAAAAAUGACAGCCCCGUAUCAAAUACCUAGGAAAUACCUAUCAGGAGUGAACAUAGGCCAUUAGUACCAAAAUGUAUGGGAAACCACCCUAUUAGAAAAGUUAACCAACAAACUUAAACCAGCAUAGGGGCAAGCAAAGGAGGACGCAUGCACCCCACUGUGGUACCCCUUUAUCACAUACACAGCACAACAAGACAAUGACCUAUGCCCCCCCAACAGCAUAUGAAUCAGUAUGGUUAACCUGACCCAACAACCUACCCUCACACACAUACAUACAAACAUGCCCCACUGCAAUCAGCUGAAUGCAACCAACCAAGCUCUGGCCUCUGGAUGCCAGCAAAAACAAAUAACUAUAUAAAUAAAGGACCUACCCAUGAGACGCUGACACAAAAACCACGCACAAACACUAUACAGCAGAAUGAAAAGAUCAUUAUCUCCCCAACCCUCUCCCUCCUAUCUUCCGUCCCCACAAUGCCUAGUACAAUAGUGUCUCAUACUGAAUGUAAAUGAACUGUGAAAAAGAAGAAAGUGAAGAUGCUUUAUGUACAUUUCCUUGCUUAUUUGUUUUCUAUCACAAAAAAAUCUUCAAUAAAAACUAAUUUAAGAAACACAGAAACAUCUCUCACAUUACUUCCUGAAUCCCCAGAGCACCUGGGAACCCAGCAGGCUCUGUAAAUCUCUGGAGGUGACCUGUUCUAAUUGGUCCUCCACCAUUUUGGAUAUAGCUAGCUGUAUGUCUAGUCAUGAUUACCUUAUUUCAGUAACCAGAGUACGAGGGCACUAGUUCAGGUGUAGAACCGUGAGUAGUUCAGCAUGUGUCCUUUUAUACAUUGCCUACUGUGUCUCACAAGGUGUAUCUAAUUACAUAGCAUCCAUUUAUGCUUUUAAACAAAUCAAACAGGGCAAUGAAAUAUUCAUGAUAAAUUAAGAAUUGACAUAAUUAAGUCACAAAAAAGGCGUUUCUUGUCUUUCUACUUUAUUUCAGGAAAAUGAACAGCCAAGUUUUGAAAAUAAUGUGUGGGCAUAUCUCUAUUUUGUGGCUUUUAUCAUAUUUGGAUCGUUCUUCAUGCUAAACCUCUUCAUUGGAGUUGUUAUUGACAAUUUCAACCAACAAAGGAAAAAGAUAAGUACUCACAUGAGUUACAAAAUAUUUCACUCCCAUAAAGAUUGUAUAAUAGUUGGAUAGAAAUGGUGAAAGCUUUGUGUUCAGUACAGUGUUGUAAUAGACUGCAGCUGAUAAUGUCUAAGGCAUUGUUAGUCCAAGGCCAAAAUCAGAAAGAAAGUAAUCCUCAGUACCACUUGUCCUGUUCAGGAGAUAUCAGAUUACAUUACAUGGGAACCAGAAAAGAAUCAUAGAAUUGUAGAGUUGGAAGGGAUCACGAGGGUCAUAUAGUCCAACCCCCUGCAAUGCAGGAAUCUUUUGCCCAACGUGGGGCUCAAACCCAUGACUCUAAGAUUAAAUGAUUAAGAGUCUCAUGCUUUGCUGACUGAGCUACCCCACAGUAGCUUGCCUGGCUGGGUCAUAAGGAAAUUCUUUAUGAAUUUCCUUAUCUUUCCUCCAAGGUGCUCAAGAUUGUGUACAUGGUUCUGCCCCUCCCUAUUUUAUCCUGUGUGGUAGUUUAGUCUGAAAGAUGGUGGAUAUCUCAAGGUCACCCAGUGAGCUUCAUGACUGAGUAAGGAGUGACACUAAAAAAUGGAUUUCCUUUUGACUGAUUAGCAGAAAGCAAGAAAAAUAGCUUUAGGAAGGAGUAUUCAUAGAUCCCGAAAAAGAGGGUAAGGGGUAUCCAUCUAGAACAUUGAAACUUCUGGUUCUCUCAUUGUUUUGCCACAAUUGUGAUGCCCUACAAUUCAUGGCAUAGAAAACUUGUGGAACUGUUUUCAUUUCAUAUAGACCUUAUAUUUUAGACAGUGGUGCUCAUAGUUGGUGGUAGUGGUGGAAGCACCAUGAACCACCACUGAUUUUGAAGGAUAUCCAAUCAUAGUCUUCACCUCCAUAACUGUGACUACAGAUGGUAAUGUAGUAAAUAGCUUUACCAGUUAAAUUUCCCGUAGUGCUGGAAAGUACUUAGUUGGAUUUGCAUAAAAGCUUGAUAUCUUCAGACAGGAAGAUGCAUUUUAUAUUUAUUUCCUUAUACCUAGGGGGAGAACUCAUUUUUAUGUCAGACGAACAGAAGAAAUAUUAUAAUGCAUUAAAAAAACUUGGUAACAAGAAACCACUUAAGCCCGUUCCACGGCCGCAGGUAAGACAGCCACUAACAAUAAGUGCAUUUCCUUGUUUGGUUUUGGAAUUAACUUGGAAUUACCUUUCAAAAUCUAGUAUAACAAGUUAUUUAGCGGUCAACAUUUUGCCUUUUGCUUUCAUAGUGAGAAUUCUUUACUUAUUUCAAUAGGUUUACUCUGUGUAAGACGAAAGAAAUUAAGCAAAAUUAGAAAAAUUAUAGUAGUGAAGAAAAUGCAUUUUUAAACAAAGGCUCAUAUAACUUGACUUGCUCUUCUAACAAGCAUUAUAUCAGUGAUUGCCGCCAGUUUUGUUUUGUUUAAAAAUAUGUUAUGCAACCAGAUAAUUAAUGCCACCAUCAAAAUAUAAACAGGAAAAUCACGUCAAUUUUAUCAUUACGUUUGUCUGCUUGGCAAGCAAUCCCCAGAUUCCCAGCUUUUAUUAAUUUUUGAGGAAGUUUCUAGGAUUUUUAAAAUCUGAGAUAUGAGGCACAAUGUUCAGACACUAUUCUUCUCAAUUUUUAUUAGCAAUUUGACUGCUCCACCUUUUCAGUGUUUUGCUUCCUCACCCUCACCCCCUGAAAAAAGUGGGAGAGAUGUAUGUGUGGGAUGUGGGUGUCAGCUUGUAGUUUUUCUGGUACUGGGGGCUGCUCUCUGUUGUUAGACAGUGUUUAUGGAAUCAAUAUUGUGUAUGGGAAAGCAGUACUAUGUGGACUUCACAGCCAAGACCAGCAGGACAUAGCUGACUUCCCAUGGUAAGCCUGAGGUCAUCUGGGGUGGGGAGGAAGCAGCAGCAGCGAUGGUACUCUUAUUUUGUGUUAUGUCGUGUCCCCUGCCAUGGCAUGUUGUGUUAUGCCACAUUCUUAUGGCAACCAUUUUGUGACUGGUGCCCAAAAGGUGCCUGCUCGUCUGAAAAGGUUGUUGAUUCCUGCAAUAGCCCCUUUUCAUAUUAACCCACAUGAUCCAGAUAUGAAAGUCAUAAGAAGAGAAAAGGACCAAACAAGGUGUUUAGUCCAGAAUUCUAGCUUGUGCAAUUCAAUAAAUAGUGAAAUAAUGCAAACUAGGGAACUAUAUUCUACAUGUAAAACAUGUAUCUGCAUAUCUUUAUCUAACUACAAGAAAAUUACUUUCCUGUCCUAAAUACUGUGCUCAAGUAAAAAUCUGUCCCUAUAGCCUAUUAAAAGACAAUUUUCUGGUUCUCUUGCAAAAGAUUCCUCCCCUCUUCUUCUUUCAUUCAUAGCUAUAAAUUUGUUUAUAAUAUAAGCAAAUACAAGUUAAAGCAAAAUUUAAAAACCCCCAGUGAGAAACAGCCAAAAAGUAUAGAGUUAUGUCAUUUGCCUCAAAGAAAAGGGGAAAUCAUUAGUGAGUCAGUGGUGCCAAUUCUUCUUGCUUUUUUCCCCCUUUUGCCACAGAACAUGUACCAAGGACUUCUUUUUGACAUUGUAAACAAGAAAGCAUUUGAUAUUUUCAUUAUAAGUCUAAUUUUAUUGAAUGUGGUGAUCAUGGCAGCAGAACAUGAAGACGAAGGGGAAGCUGUUAAGAGCCUUCUUGAAAAUAUAAAUCUUGUAUUUGUCGCUAUCUUUACUGGAGAGUGCAUCAUCAAAAUGUUGGCUUUGAGACUGUAUUUCUUCAAAGACGGUUGGAAUAUAUUUGAUUUUGUGGUUGUGAUUCUUUCAAUACUUAGUAAGUAAAAAAAAAAAAAAGUUCAUGUACAUCAGAGUUAUUUCUUGUCAGCAAUAAGCAAAUGCAAAAAUGUGAGCUUGGACCAAGUCUGCAUACCUAAGAAGUUGCCAAUUGUAUUAAAUUAUGUAGAUCAAGGAAUCUGUGUGGUUGCAAGAAUGUCAUGCGGUGUAGAAUAUGGUCUGAGAGAUGGAUGUCCAGAUUGAGUAAAUAGACAUGCUCCAUUUGCCAAAUCCUCAUGCUUGCUCAUAGAUCCAGGACCUGCCUGCUCAUGAGAUGGGCUAAUACAGGUGGCAGAACACCAAGAGAUGUUGCCCCUACAGCAUCCCAGAUGCCACUUGUAGUGGUAGUGGCAGGAGAUCUUGUGCACUCUGUGAGAUCUUGUAAGAGCUCCAUCACAUCUCACUGGAGCCAGCCACUGUUGUCCUCUAAACAGGCAUUCAGAUAACAAUUAUUUUAGUGCAGCCUAAAUAUAGACCUAAAUAUUUAAUUUUGGCUUAGCUUAAACUGGAAAUAAAAAUGCAUUGUUGCUGAAUUUUUCAAAAAAUGAAUUAUUUUAAUAGGUUCUGCAGCUGGACAACUUCGAAAAGCGCUUGAUUUCCCUCCUACAAUCCUGAGAAUAAUUCGAGUAGCCCGUGUUAGUCGACUACUGAGACUUAUCAGAGGAGCCAGAGGGCUUCGGACCCUCCUUUUUGCAUUACUGAUGUCCCUUCCUUCUCUCACCAACAUUGGGCUUCUCCUUUUUCUGAUCAUGUUUAUUUAUGCUAUUUUUGGUAUGUCUAACUUUGCCUGUGCAAGUUGGCAAGGUGGGAUUGACAACAUUUUCAACUUCCAAACCUUUGGCAGCAGUAUGCUUUGUCUCUUCCAAAUAACAACAUCUGCUGGCUGGCAUGACCUUCUCAACCCAAUGCUGAACACUGAGAACAUCACUUGUGCUCCCAAUUUAGGUGGAAAUAGUCCCUGCGUAAACAGGAGUGUGGCAAUUGCCUAUUUUGUAAGCUACAUCAUUAUAUCAUUCCUCAUUGUAGUUAACAUGUACAUUGCUGUCAUCAUAGAGAACUUGAAUGUUGCCACGGAGGAAAGCACAGAACCUCUAGGCGACGAUGAUUUUGAAAUUUUUUAUGAGAUUUGGGCAAAAUUUGAUCCUCGCGCAACCCAAUUUAUUUCUUACUUCGCACUUUCAGACUUUGCUGAUGCUCUAGCAGAACCUUUACGCAUACCCAAACCAAACAGGCAACAGCUGAUGUUAAUGGACCUUCCUAUGGUAAACGGAAAUAAAAUCCACUGCUUGGAUAUCUUGUUUGCUUUUACCAAAAGGGUAUUGGGAGAAUAUGGGGACAUGGGUCCACUUGAGACCCAGAUAGAAGAAAAGUAUCCAGAGAAGAUUGCCAAUGAACCCAUUAUAACGACUCCCAAGCGAAAAGAGGAGGAAUCUGCUGCCAUUAUCCAGAGGGCUUUCAGGAUGUAUCUCCUUCACCAAGCAGUGAAAGAAGUCUGUCAGGAAACCUGCAACAGCCCCCCCUUGGAACACAUACAAAAGGAGGAAGGUGGGUCUGCAGUCACACUUAGUGAAAACGAAGACAGUCAGUCAAGUAACUCCCACAGCCCAUCUCCCGUGUCUAUUCCUCCGUCUUACAGUAAUGUCACAGGCACCACUAAUGACAUUAUUCAAGUGAAGAUCACAGACACUAGUGAACCCAAGUGA